ACCUUCUUCCAAUCUUCCGUCCACUCCAAUAGUCUAAGACAAAUAAACCCAAAAAAACUUGUCAAAAUCUACAACAACCUUGUAAAUUUCAGUCUGCCAAAUUCGAAACCCCGCGAUUUCACUUCUCUUCGUCAACGUUCUCUCUCCUACCAACCUUCACAACUCAACCAAUUUUAAUCCCUCAUUUUUCUCUCGGUUUCAUCGAAUAUUCGAUCUACUUUCCUUCAUUUCAAUGGCUUCUAUGGUGUUAAGACAAACUAUUGGCGUCGUCCAAUCUGCUGGUCCUAGCUGUAGUUAUGGGCCUUCUAGCUGCCAUCAUGAUUCCCAAUAUGCAUCAGUGAAGUUUCUACCAAAGGUUAACAAGUUUAGUCUUGGACAUUCAACAAUCGACAGCUUCAGCUCCAUUCAGAAGCGUUCAGGUGUAAUUCAGGCCUCAACAUCUCAAGUCUCGGCUAUGGAUACCAUUUCAUCGCCGUCAGAUGACCUCACCAAUGACAAACCCAAGAAACCAAGUGAGGCAUCCCUUAUACUGAUAAGACAUGGUGAAUCUAUGUGGAAUGAGAAAAAUCUUUUCACUGGCUGUGUUGAUGUGCCAUUAACAACGAAAGGUGUUGAGGAAGCAAUUGAGGCUGGCAAGAGGAUCAGCAAUAUACCUGUCGAUAUGAUUUUUACAUCUGCUCUGAUUCGUGCUCAGAUGACCGCCAUGCUUGCCAUGACACAGCAUCGACGCAGGAAGGUGCCCAUCAUCAUGCAUAAUGAGAGUGAACAAGCUAAGCAGUGGAGUGAGGUUUAUAGCGAGGAGACAAUAAGCCAGUCAAUUUCAGUUGUCACAGCAUGGCAAUUGAAUGAAAGAAUGUAUGGAGAGCUUCAAGGACUGAAUAAACAAGAGACUGCCGAUAGAUAUGGGAAAGAGAAAGUUCAUGAGUGGCGUCGUAGUUAUGACAUACCUCCACCAAAUGGAGAGAGUCUGGAAAUGUGUGCUGAAAGAGCAGUCGCUUAUUUCAAAGAAAAUAUAGAACCCCAACUCCAAGCUGGAAAAAAUAUAAUGAUUGCUGCUCAUGGAAAUUCACUAAGAUCUAUUAUCAUGUACCUUGACGCACUAACAUCUCAAGAGGUUAUCAGCCUUGAACUAUCUACUGGAAUUCCCCUGCUUUACAUUUUCAAAGAAGGAAAGUUCAUGAGAAGAGGAAGCCCUGUAGGACCCACUGAGGCAGGAGUCUAUGCAUACACAAAAAGAUUAGCUGUUUACAGGCAGAAGUUGGAUGAAAUGCUCUGAUUAAAGAUUUCAUUUUUAGGUCUUUGCAUCCGGUAAUCAUUAAUCACACAACUGACUGGACGCGAAGAAAAAUUGAAAGUGCAGAAACAAAAAAGUGGAUAUAUCAACAGGAACUUAGAUUGGAAGAUCUUAUAGCUGGUUUUUUCAGCUACUUUUUUUAGUUUGUUAGGCUUCAGUUUUAGGGUUAUAUGCCAAUAUGGCGCUUGUGAUGGUUUGCAAGGAACUAUAACAUACGUAAAAUUUGUUACAUCUAUACUUUUUUUACUUUCAUUGUUUUGUAAUUGUAAAAUUUGUUAGUGAUGCUUUGACAACCAUGUUAUAGCUACAUUCUCAAGCUUACAGCUUGCUUCCUUAUGCUUUUGUGCUGCUUAUGCCGACUACGUUACAUGGUAAUGACAUUAAGUUUUUGAA